AUGCAAGAAAAUCAAAGGCUCGAGCAACUCAUUCUACGCUUUCAAAAUAUUGGCAAAAGCCUUGAUGAGUUGCAAAGAGAAAUUAAAUCCGUUGCAAGAGCAGAAACCACAGACUCCGAUAACGACACAAGACUUGCCAGUAAUGAAAAUAAUGACGAGCAACAAGACCAUUCUCCUAAACAAGACCAAACUGCUACCAACUUCGCCAUUGCUCACGAGAGUAACUUUGAAAAGGAAGAACCAAAUGAUACGGAGCUCAUUAAAGUGUUGAAGAGUCAAGUUAAGAAACUUGGAUUUAAAUUUGCUAAAUUUUCUCAGGUUCCUGCAGAUUACUAUUCCCGAAGCUUGGAGGAGAGAAGAGACAUUCUUCAGACCGAAAGCAUUCAUCAGCUUUGUAAGAGUUUAAUUUUGGAAAAUUCAAAAUGUGUAAAAACUGAUUGCUCAGAAAGAAGCAAUUCUAAAUUUUAUUGUGUGAUUGUUCAAUAUUCAGCGAAAUUCAAUUCGAAAAAGCUUACGAAAUUUGUUCGAGAAUUGAAUCAAGGAAAGUUAGGAAAGAAGCAAUUUGUGUUCAGCCUGGCCGAUGCCAAUAAGGCUUUUGAAUUAACUGGUUAUGAUUACAAUGGAGUUUCUCCAGUACCACUUCCAUCCAAAGAGCAUGUGAACGUGCCAAUUGUUCUGGACAAGAAAAUUGUGGAUGACCACAAACAAUUUUGGGUUGGUGGAGGUACAGAAGAUUGGAAAAUUCUAUUCAACACUGAUGAGUUUAUUCGAAUUUUCAAUCCAUUUGUGACAAGCAUUACUUAUGAUGGAACAGGAGACGAUGAAGAAUAA